AUGCGCUUGGAUGACGAGGUAAAGGGAAUAUCUGCAUUGGACGCACAGAUACACGGUCUUCGUGAGGAAAUUGAGUCUGUGAAGAGUAGGUUGGAGGUUACUAGUGAUUCAAAAGUGGAAAGGGAAUUGAAAGAAGCGCUUCAAGAGCGAGAACAACUUCUGUUGUCAUUGAGAAGGAGUUUAGCUACCCAAAAUGGGACAAGUGGUUCCUCUGCGGCACCUGUUUGCUUUUCUGGAAACUGCAAAACAUCCUUGGCGAAUAUACCGUUUGGCUCCUACGAGGUCACAACUCUAGUUGUACCGUGUUAUAUGUUGAUAGGACCCCCACCUCUUUUGGUUUGUCAUAUUCAUGUUUACCUUACUGAAGAUAAUUCUGUUGUGGUGUUGCUUCGUCUUCGAGAAUUGCAUCAUCUUCCAGAUUAUGCAACUGGUGGCGUACAAGUGACUGUUUGGUUUGAAGGACAUUUUUCUAGUGCCGUUCAAACCCCCAUUGUGCGGCCAAAUGGAGGCAAUCCCCAAUUUUCUUUGACUCAGAUGUAUCUCUUUGGACCGCACACUGAGGAACUUGAGAGUUUUUUUCAGUUAGAUGUAUUAAAUUUUCGUGUGGAUGGUAUUUUGGCUGAAUAA